AUGAAAAUCUGGAAAAUAAAGCUCGAGGCAGAGUCCAGCGUCACGAUGUUUGCACUCGUAUCGACUAUCAAUCCGAUUCUUAUCGAUAGGUUUUCUUCUGCUGUUGCAGAGUACGCGGCGCUGUCUGGCGUUCCCUUUGAUUUCUCACAUACUCUAGGUCUCAGAGGAAGACCAUUGAAUUCCUUGAAACUUUUAUCUGAAAGUGUAAAGUGGAACCAGGAAUUCCGGCCGGAAGGUCCGUGGGAGGAUCAUUCUACUUUCUGCUACAAGCUAGGCGACCUACGGAAGACGGAUACCCGUGAGGAACCUCAGAAUGACACCGACUUGGACGAGAAGUUCCUGUCUCGGUUUGACCCCUCGGAAGAUCAUAUCAUCGGCUCCAUUCUGCUCUGCUUGGGGGUGAUGUCCCUCGUGCCAAACGGGAUGGUGCUGCAUUCAUUUUGGGAGACGAGGAAGCAACUGAAGCCGCCCGAGGUCUUCCUUCUCAAUCUGACUUUCUUCGAUGGCCUCACUGUUCUCCUUGCCUAUCCGACUGUCAUCACUUCGUUCUUUCUGCAUCGAUGGCCCUUUGGAUCAAUUGGUUGCAAUAUCGACGCGUCCUUGGUAUAUUUCACCUCCCUCAUUGGGAUGUUUUCCUUGACUGCGAUCUCCAUCAUGAGGUGCAUCAAGACCUGUAAACCACAGUACGGAGACAGGCUGACCAAAGGUCUGGCGUGGAAGUGGAUGUGGUUCAUCUGGGGGUAUGCUGGAGCCUGGACCGUCAUGCCAUUACUCGGAUGGGGUCGAUACGAUGUGGAACCCUAUGGCCUCUCCUGCACUCUCGACUGGUGGGGCAGUGACUUAUGUCGUUGA